UGGAAACGGAUACAUCGGAAACAGCGCCAAGCACCGACUGAGCUGCUGCUGAGCUCCGGCGCGCACGAACGGAUCCAUUCGUGUCCGCCCCGCGAGGAUUCACGGCGAGCGACAGUACGCUGCUUCGCUCCUCGUGUCCACGCCACGACGCCUUUAACUCUUUCCAAGCCGGCAGUUUGCAUCUUGGCGCGUGUUGCGCACGUCUAGCAGCGGUUAUCGUCACUCGUUGCAAAUGCCGCUUUACCGUCGCGGCCCCGGCUUCGGCCUGUACGGCCCCGGCCCCGCAGCGCUGGAAGGCGGCGACUGGACGCACUCGUACGGGCCGCCGGACGACUCGGCGCGGUCGCUGGAGCUGCAGCUGGACCUGCGCCUCUUCUCCGCCUACUUCGUGGUGGCCGAGCCGCUGGCCACGUUCGUGGGCUAUCGCAUCGCCCAGCACUGUCUGCGCGGCUGCCGCGUGUCGUUCCUGUCGCCGUCGCAGCGCAUGUGGAUCGGCUUCUUCUACUGCUGGCUCAAGAUCAGACUGAUCGACUACGUGUUCCACGGCACCGCCUACUACACGCUGUCGCUGCUCAUCAUGGUCGUGUACUUCGUGUACGCGCUGCUGGCCUUCGGGUUCCACUUCGGCCCGCUGCAGUUCCUCUUCUUCGACUACAUGCCUCGCAGCAAGAUGACGCAGAGCCUGAUCUACAAGAUGGCGCUGCUGUGCAAGGAGGUCUCGGCCCGCGUCGAGUUCUACGUGCUGCAGCAGCUCAUCUGCCGACCACCCCUGGAAACGCGCGACAGGAACGCCAUGACGUCGUCGGCCAUUGCCACGCACCCAUUGGAGCCCCAGGGCGCUGCGUCCUCGUGCUCAACCAAGACAGUUGGUUUCUCCCGGGUCACGUCUUUUUUCGGACGUGAGGUGGACGUCAACAUCAAGCUCUGGAACAGCUCCAUGUGUCAACAGUGGGCCAUGGCACUGAGUAACGCAGCUCGCUCGAAUGCUGUGCGGAUUCGAAACAAGUUCGUGAAUGUUGCAGCUAUUGCGGACUGCGUGUUUGAGUGCCGCUUCAUGUUCGUCAUGCAGCACGACGGCCUGUUGCUCGGGUUCUUCAUGACCACUCCGACAGCAACACUGAUGUCCAAGUUCAGGGACGGACAGGCCGUGGCCUUUGAGCUGCUGCAGCGGUUUAACUGCAGCUCCCGAUCGGCAUUGGCGACCACACAGCCGACGUUCUUGUACGCGGAGAGUCCGAGGUUGGUGGGCAGAGCGACACCAGCUCAGAAGAAUGCCGUGUAUCGACUGUUGCUGCAGCUCAACAGCGCGCAUGGCCACACGGCUGAUGUGCCUCUCCGCUCUCUGCGUGGCAAGAACUUCGUGGACGCCGGAGUCGGCCAAGUGGUGAAGAAGAAGGCUCGCAACUCGGGCUCGUUCAGUGGCCUGGAUGGAUACUAAUUGCCCUCGGAAGCAUGCAGGGCCUCGCCGUCAUGCUCGCCCUUAUUUAUAUAGAUUUAUCGCUGCGCUCUAUAAUAUGAAAGCACGCUCGCUACCUCGAU